AUGUCUAAUCUCGCGGAUCUUGCGUCGAAGCUCUUUCACGCCAAAGAGGAAUUCCGCCCAAAGAUUGUAUCCACUGACAAGCGUGUUCGAGGCCUCCUCAACGGAAAAUGGAUUUUCGACACCACGGGCGCGAAGCUAGUCUGGGAGCACAAGUUCUUCCCGCAGUACUGGAUCCCUAAAGUCGAUUUCCUGCCCACCGCAACAUUUACGGACGACAAGCCCAUUUCAGGGAUUCAAUCUUCGACCUCGAAAUUGAGCGUUGGAGACAAAUCGGUCUCGACGCUGCUCGUGCCUGAAGCGUUCAACUCCGAGCUCGCGGGCUUGGUCAAGAUCGAGUUCAAAGCGCUCGACGCAUGGUACGAGGAGCAGACACCGGUGCUGUACCACCCGAAAGACCCGUUCCACCGCGUCGACAUCCUGCCGUCCGGCCGCAAGGUGCGCGUGGAGAUCGACGGAGUCGUCAUCGCGGACACAGCCGACGAGGGUGGCGUGCAGUCGCUCUGGGAGACGAAUUUCCCGGGCCGCUGGUACCUGCCGCGCACAGCUGUGAACUGGGAGUAUCUUAAGCCCAGCGAGACCAAGACCGGAUGUCCCUAUAAAGGAGAAGCGAGCUAUUAUAGCGCUGUAAUUAAUGGGAAGGAGUACAGCGAUGUUGUCUGGUGGUAUCCAAACCCGACGCACGAAAGUGUACAGGUCGCUGGAUUGUUAUGUUUCUAUCCGGAUAAGGUCGAAACGUUUGUCGAUGGGAAGUCGAUUGCGAAGAUCGGGAUGCGUUUGCCGUCGUCGAGCAAGAAGGAUAACGAGGAUUAUGAUAAGUUGAGGGAAAGUGCGAAGACCAGUAGUUGUAAUUGUUGA